CGUGAUAAAAAUACCCGGAUACUUCUGUGUAUUGAAAGAUUGAUCAAUACUUGUACAUAACAAAUAUCAAACGCAGCAAAGAGGAGACACAACAAUGGGACAAGGAGAAGUGGAACGUGAUGGGGACAUUGGGUGUUGCGGGUACUGUCUGAUGUUUCUAUCCUUUGUCCUGGUUGUCUUAUUCUUCCCAUUCUCCCUGUGUAUAGCAAUCAAGGUGGUCCAAGAAUAUGAAAGGGCUGUAAUUUUUCGCCUGGGUCGUGUUGUCGGAGGAGCCAAAGGACCUGGGCUGUUUUUCUUGUGGCCUUGUGUUGAUGAAAUGCAGAAAGUGGACCUCCGAGUUUUGUCUUACGAUGUUCCACCACAAGAAAUUUUGACGCGGGAUUCUGUGACGGUGGCAGUGGAUGCUGUCGUUUAUUACCGUAUCUUUGACCCAAUCAUGUCGGUCUGUAAUGUCAACGAUGCCUUCAGAUCCACUCAGCUGUUGGCCUCUACCACUCUCAGAAAUGUCCUGGGUACCAAAGCUAUGUCUGAGGUGUUGUCUGAACGAGAAAGUAUUUCACAUGAGAUGCAGCAAAUUUUGGAUACCUCUACUGACCCAUGGGGAAUGAAAGUGGAGAGAGUAGAAAUUAAGGAUGUCCGUCUCCCGAUUCAGUUACAGAGAGCUAUGGCAGCUGAAGCUGAAGCAGCCCGAGAAGCCAGGGCUAAGGUGGUAGCAGCAGAAGGAGAACAGAAGGCCUCCCGGGCUCUGAAGGAAGCAGCUGAUGUCAUCACGGAAUCCCCUGCCGCCCUCCAACUCCGAUACCUCCAGACUCUCAACUCCAUAUCUGCUGAAAAGAACUCGACCAUCAUUUUCCCACUUCCCAUCAACAUGUUGUCAGCUUUCAGCAAGAAGUAAAUUACUUUCGAGACAAAAAUCUGAGGACAAAUUUUGUACGGAAAUCCGUUAUUUUGUGUAUUGAAUGUGACCUUACUUAACUCUUGUGAUAUAUUGUACAUGUACAUUGUGUACUUUUGUAUACUGUCAGCUUUUACCACAUACAACUGGCUUUAUAAAUAAGGGAUUAAAAAAUGCUAUCACUUUAAAAACAAGAAGUUUGAUUGUUGAAUAUUCACAUCAAGUUUUAUUAUUAUGACUUUUACCGACCAGUUGAUUUUCAUAAUCUAUCUUGUAGAAUGUUUGUAAAUAUGUUAUUGUACUUCAAUGAUAUUAUAUUUAAAUUUUCACAUUUCAAAAAUGUGUUUCAUUUAGACUGUCAUGGUUUUAAUGGUAUUGUACUUUUUAAUAAAGGUAUUUAAACUUA